GGCUGAAAACAGGUAGACGGACACAAGACAGAUUCAGAGGCAAGAGACACCUACCCGCCGCACAGCACUUCCCCACACCUCAAAACCAAGGGAAGAAAUGCUUCUAUCUUUGGGCUUGACAUAAACGACACCUCCGGGGAGCCAGCUCAAGAAUAAGAUGGCCCCAAAUUCUAUCCACUGGUUCCGGAAGGGCCUCCGUCUCCAUGACAACCCGGCGCUGCGGGAGGCGGUCAGAGGGGCGGGCACGGUUCGCUGCGUUUACUUCCUGGACCCGUGGUUUGCAGGCUCCUCCAACGUCGGGGUCAACAGGUGGCGGUUCCUCCUCCAGUGUUUGGAGGAUCUGGACGCCAACCUCCGGAAGCUCAACUCUCGCCUUUUUGUCAUCAGAGGCCAACCGGCCAACGUGUUCCCGCGGCUCUUUAAGGAGUGGAAGAUCUCUCGGCUGACGUUCGAGUACGAUUCAGAGCCUUUCGGGAAGGAGAGGGACGCUGCCAUCAAGAAGCUGGCGAUGGAGGCGGGGGUGGAGGUCAUCGUGAAGAUUUCACACACCCUCUACGACCUGGACAAGAUCAUAGAGCUGAACGGCGGGCAGCCUCCUCUCACCUACAAGCGUUUCCAGACCCUGAUCAGUCGACUGGAUCCUCCUGAGAUGCCUGUAGAGAUGCUCUCGGACACCCUGAUGGGUCGCUGCGUGACCCCCAUCUCUGAGGACCACGGAGACAAGUACGGGGUCCCGUCCCUGGAGGAGCUGGGCUUCGACAUCGAGGGCCUGCCUUCAGCCGUGUGGCCGGGAGGAGAGACCGAGGCUCUGACGAGGAUAGAGCGCCAUCUGGAGAGAAAAGCCUGGGUGGCUAAUUUCGAGCGUCCCAGGAUGAACGCCAACUCGCUGCUGGCCAGCCCGACAGGCCUGAGUCCAUACCUGCGCUUCGGCUGCCUCUCGUGUCGCCUUUUCUACUUCAAGCUGACCGACCUCUACCGAAAGGUGAAAAAGAACAGCUCCCCUCCCCUCUCCCUGUAUGGCCAGUUACUGUGGCGGGAGUUCUUCUACACCGCGGCGACCAACAACCCACGCUUCGACAAGAUGGAGGGGAACCCCAUCUGCGUCCGCAUCCCCUGGGACAAGAACUCAGAAGCGCUCGCCAAGUGGGCCGAAGCUAAGACAGGUUUCCCCUGGAUAGACGCCAUCAUGACCCAGCUGAGGCAGGAAGGCUGGAUCCAUCACCUGGCCAGGCAUGCGGUGGCCUGCUUCCUCACCAGGGGGGACCUGUGGAUCAGCUGGGAGGAAGGGAUGAAGGUCUUCGAGGAGCUGCUUCUGGACGCGGACUGGAGCGUGAAUGCGGGCAGCUGGAUGUGGCUGUCCUGCAGUUCAUUCUUCCAGCAGUUUUUCCACUGCUACUGCCCCGUGGGCUUCGGCCGGCGCACCGACCCCAACGGGGACUUCAUCAGACGAUACUUACCUAUCCUCCGAGGUUUCCCCGCUAAGUACAUCUACGACCCGUGGAACGCCCCGGAGUCCGUGCAGGCGGCCGCCAAGUGCAUAAUCGGCGUCCAUUACCCGAAGCCCAUGGUGCACCACGCGGAAGCGAGCCGGCUCAACAUCGAGAGGAUGAAGCAGAUCUACCAGCAACUUAGCCGAUACAGGGGACUGGGCCUGCUGGCAUCAGUGCCGUCCACCAAUGGGAAUGGAAAUGGAGGAAUGAUGGCCUACUCUCCCGGAGAGCAGCAGCCAGGGACCAACAACAACAGCAACAACUCACACCUGCCUGGAGUGUCGGGGAACUCUGUCGCCACGGGUAACGGCAGCGGGAGCAUCCUACUCAACUUUGACAAUGAAGAACAGACCAGGCCGAGCAGCGCUGGACAACAGCAACAACGACUGCAACCCCUCCCGCAGCAGCAGCAGCCGCAGCAGCAGCAGCAGCAGCAGCAGCAGCACGGUUACCACUCACUGCCAGACGCCAGCCAGACCAUCACCAGCAGCUUACUCUACCACGAGUUCGCUGUGCCUCAACACCCAGGACUCCUUCUGCACACCAGAGGUAUCACAGGAAAGAGGGAGCGCGAGUCGGAACGCGAAGGGUCGGGGGAGAAAGAUCCGGCGUCCUGCUCCGUUCACAAGAUGCAGAGGCAGAGUGCUGAGACCACCUAGAGCAGGCGACACCGCCCGGAUGCACAUCGCAGCCACCGUCCGGCCAGCGGGGAGAGAGGAGAUCCCAACCUGUCCUCCGAACGCUCGCGGCUCCGCCGGCUCCUCUUCAACUCAGUGCAUCUAAAACCGCUCUCCCUCUUUACUGUCAGAAAUUCCCCGGGGUGCGAACACAAAGGUGAAAAUGUGAUUUCUGACAGGCGCGACCACCUGAGAGGAACGUGCACAGAAACAAAACGCCUCAAACUUACAGCUCGACAAAUUAUUUGUACAAAAUGAAAAUAAGAAUAAAAAACUACAUUAUUGUCUUAAAGCUGCUGCCACCAGCCAGGAAACAUGAACUCUGCAGCAGCUGUAAAUAGUAACGGGAUGUUUCGCCUCCGUGUCCUUCAGUCGCCUCGUUAAUGUGAAGCCAGGCUGAUGUGCGGGGGUUCGCAGAGAGCUCGGUGCUCCAGCUGUGCAGCGUGAGCGUGCUCGCUGCUCCGUCUCACGGUGUCAUCACCAGCAUCACCACCACACCUGUGACCGCUCAGGCUCACUCACUGUUUCUCCCGUCGGUCAGAGCGCACAUUGUAAAUAAGAUCAUUCUGUUUUUAACGAAAAGAAGGACGAGCUCCCCUCGUCUUCAGACCGCCUGACUGACCCCGAUGUCUCCGACCCAAAGCUCGCGGGUGUUCGCGCUUAUGGCCGCGAGAAAAUUCUUCCGCAGAUAUUUAGAUAAUCGGGUCACUGUUUCAUCUUUCAAAGCAAACUGCCAAACAUCUGCCGGUUCCAGCUUCCAGAGCGGAACGAUUCGCUGCUUUUCUGGAAUAAAUGAUCGUAGAUAAUCGGAAAUAUUGGACUUAGAGUUCAGCGUCAUGUGAUCACUUCCUGUGGACGAGCUGGGACGUAGAGAGUGGAAUUAUGGGUGAUAGUUUGUAGGAAGUACCGUGACGUCUGUGAGCUCAUCAGAGGAGACAGAAAGUAAAACUCUUCUUCAUCGUUAGCGUCGCUUCGUCAUCCUCACAUUGUUUCCCUCGUUAAUAACCGCGUGCAGAUCGGCGCUGUGGUCUUUAAGCGCUCAGCUCACAGCUGCUGACCGAGUCCGUCACAUUUUCACCUCUCUGUUGCCCCCGCUGAUCUUCAUCGUUUCCAAACGUCUCAAAACGCCUGAAGGAGUGAAGAAGCGGUGACUUUUGAAGUUUCUCGGAGGCGUCCGGGAUUGUUUUUGCUGUACAAACAACCAAAAAAGGCAGUUUUGGUUUGGGAGGAUGUGGUCGGAGGUGACUUCUGUCAGAACACGAGGACAGAGAACGCGGCGCCAGGCGAAGCUCCUCCUCUUCUUUUUUAACAGACUGUUUGUUAACCAGUCAGAACAAAAGAAACACAGAUCAUGACCUCACAUGACCAGACAGCAGUUAAAUGCUCCAUUCAUGAAACCGACGAAGACUCGUACGAACACGAACACGCCGAUAAAACCAACGAACGGAAACAAAACGAGAACAACCAGAAAAAGACGCGAGACGAGACGAGUCGACGUGGUGACGAGCUGGGCGACGAGAUCAGGUGCAAACUCUCAACAUCUCUCUUUUUUUAAGAUUUCUUAUAAAAACCAAAAAGUUGCAAAAAGGAAAAAAAAUCAAAGCUGAGUCGACACGUUAGCGGACAGGUGACAGGUGAUCCAAACGAGCUGAUUCUGUCAGCGCAGCAGAAACCAACAUUCCCCAGAAACAAGCGAGCCUCCCGACGAAGGAUCCCUACACCCGCCGCGGCCGCCGGAGACGCUCUGCGACCCCGACACGUGGCGAGAAGGGUCGCGAGAGGGUCGCUGUCGAGUCGAGAACGGGAGGACUGUGACAGCAUUGGACAGAUGAAGCUGGUGUCUUACCUUAUAGGUCCCAUCCACCCUCCUCCAUCACCUCCUCCAUCACCUCCUCUAUCACCUGUACUCCUGCUGAGCUGAGCCAGAGAAUGUAUGAUUCCCCCUGUGACACCCACCCAGCAGCCCCCCUGACACACACACACACACACACACACACACACAUACGCACACACACAUGCACACACACAUACGCACACACACACACACACACAUACGCACACACACAUGCGCACACACACGCACAUACACAUAC